AUGGCUGCGCUAUCAUGGGUGCUCUUGGGACUCCAAGUCUUGACAGCGUUUGGCAACUAUCCCGUUUCGAAGAUUUCCGCCAUAGGGGUGGACACGUGCGCCAUCCUCGAAGAUUCUUCUUUAAAAUGCUGGGGAAGGAACCUCUUCGGAAUCACUGGCGCGGGCUCUUCGGGAACGAUUGGGGAUGCAGCGAACGAGAUGGGGGAUUAUUUGCCACCUGUUGAUCUAGGCACAGGUAGGACAGCCAUUGCUGUCGCCACUGGUAGCCACACCAAUUGCAUUGUCCAGGACAACGGCAUGGUGAAGUGCUUCGGUCACACUGAUGAUGGGCGCUCGGGCCAGCCAGAUACGGUGUUGGCCACCAUGGGCGUCACCGAUUCCAACAUCGGGGAUGAUGACUUCGAGCUUGGCGACAAUUUACCUGCCAUCAGUCUGGGAACCGGUCGCACGGCCACCGGCGUGUGCGUGGGUCAAGAAUUUGGCUGCGCUUUGCUGGACAACGGUGCUGUCAAGUGCUGGGGACUGAAUUCUGAUGGACAGCUUGGACAAGGCGACGAUAUGACAAGGGGCACCACAGAGAGCUCUAUGGGAGAUGGACUUCCGGAGAUUGACCUGGGGACUGGCCGGACAGCUGUUCAGCUGCAGUGCGGGAAUAGGUUCGCCUGCGCCAUCUUAGAUGACGUGACCAUGAAGUGUUGGGGAUCUAACAACCGUCACCAGUGUGGUCAGGGCCACAACAAUAACAUCGGCGAUGAAAGUAACGAGAUGGGAGACUAUUUGCCAGCCAUCGUCUUCGAGUCCGGGAGAACGGUGAAGAGCCUGGGCGUGGGCGUGGGCUAUGAACACACAUGUGUGAUCAUGGAUGACGACACGGCGAGAUGCUGGGGUUAUGGAUCAUCAUCUUAUGGGCCCUGUGGUUAUGGUGAUGCGCUGACCCGCGGGACAACACAAUACCCAGUGUCGGGCGUGCCGGCAGUGGACCUAGGUGUCGGCCGCACCGCCAAGCAGCUGUCAGGCAGUUACCUCGGAACCUGUGCUCUCCUUGACGAUGACUCAGUGAAGUGUUGGGGCUACAACCAAGACUCCCGCUUGGGCUAUGGAGAUUCGGUGGACCGGGGACACACGAUCCAUCAGAUGGGAGACUACCUGCCGGCCAUUAACUUGGGAUCCGGGAUUACAGCGAAGGCGGUUGCCUUGGCAGGACAAAGUGCGUGCGCCAUCCUCAAUGAUGACACGGUGAAGUGCUGGGGACUUGGUGACAUUCUGGGUCUAGAAACCACAGAUAAAAAAGGGGACGAAGGUCUCGCUGGGCACAUUGCCGACAACAACAACGAGCGCCACCAUGACCCUCACUUCGACGGUGAGCUCUACGGUAUCCAGUACAAGUUCAAGCAAAACAAUGACCGUCACACACACCAGCACCACUUCAUUUUCCACAACAGUGUCAACAACCUCGACCAGAACAGGCACAUCUACUUCAACCUCCAGUUCAUCAGCCAGCACCACUUCAUCUUUCACAGCCACCUCAACAACUUCGACCAGCACGAGCACAUCUACUUCAACCUCCAGCUCGUCAACCAGCAGCACGUCUUCCAGAGCAGUACAACUCUCACCGGUGCAGAGGAGCUGGCCAAGCAGAUAGCGGAGCUGCAGCGGAAAGAGGAGGCUGCAGAAGCCGCUUCGGCAGUGGAGGCCGCAGAGAAGGAGGCCGCACAAAUACUGCUGGACACCUGGUCCGUCACAGGGGACAAUGCCACUACAGGGAUCCUAGGGAACGUGACCAUGCAAACGGAUAGUGGAACCUUGCAGGUGACCGCUGUAGCUCCGGAGGCGCUGCAAAGAAGCGUGGAAGUGUCCUUGGGAGAGGUGGCCAAAGUGCGCGUGCCAACCGCUGUACUUGCACAGGCAGCACAGGGUGCAGAUCGUGGUCAGGCAGAAGGCAGCAACGCAUCAGGCAUAGUGCUCAUCACCUUCAUGGUUGUGAAAGAUGAGAGAGCCGUGAAGUUCAUGGACGCCAAAAACGAGGGCGAGCAGAGGUCCGAGGUUGCGGCACAGACGCUGAGCAUCAGCCUACGACGUGACGAUGGCUCCGUGGUGCCCGUGCAUCGGCUUCCCGAGCCCAUCGAGUUCGUGCUCCGGACGAACGAAAACAAUGCUUCCUGCGCCUUCUGGGACGAAGAGCUAAGUGCCUGGAGUGCCAGGGGGCUUCGAACCGUCUCCAGCGACACUCCUGGCCAGCUCACCUGUCGAACUAGCCACCUUUCCAUCUUCAGCGCAGUGUUGAACACCGUUUGGCAGAAUGUUGCGUCGGCAGUCCUCUGCAGCUCUGCGUGGGACAUGCUCACCCCGGAAGGCUUCGAGCGACUCCUUGACAGCCAUUGGAUGACCUCACCCCCAGCCCUCGCCGCCUUUGUCUUCAUGUUCUUGUUCUUCAUCGUGCUGCUUAUCGCUGCCUGCAUGGACAGGAGGACGCGGCGAGCGAUCCCUUGGGAAAUGGUCGCGCCCGUGCUCUUCCGCACGAGCGGAGAGGAUCCGGAAGAAGGCUCCGAGGCCGAGGAAGCGACGGAAUCGACACCACGGAGGAACUGUUGUCUACGUCAGCUCGCCGAGCUCAAGGAUUGGUGCUUCUGGUGUGCGGGUAUCUGCUUUGGAGUGGAGAACAUUCUGCAAAUCAUCACCGAGGUUCUGCCCAACGCCCCGGAGGCGGUGGUUAACCGGUGCAUCAAGACCGUCCAUGCUCAUCGCAGCGGCGUUGCGAAGGAUAGCUUAGCCAUCCUGUUGCAGCCCGGCGAGAAGUUCGAUGCUGACGACAGCGAGGACUCUGUUCCUAGGCAGGUCUCCCGGAGCCAGAACCGUCAGAGCCUUUUUGCCGGACUUGCGAGCGUCGCCGUCCCCAAAAUGAACAACUUCACUGCGGCAAUUCGUGAUCUUAAUGCCCAAUGGAAUGUCCACAUCCACGGUGCCACUGCGGUGAAAGCAAUCCUUGCCCGUUCCUGGGGUGUGCGCGUCUUUGUGCUCUUUCCCGCCUUCCACCCAUGGAUUGCACUGUUGCGGCUUAGCAUUGUAACAUCCUACAAGGUCCGUGUCUCUUUGAUCUACUUGAAGAUCUGCACCGCAGCCUUCGCGAACGCCUUGUUCUUCACCAGUUCUGCCCUGCCGUCGGGCAGUGAUCCUGCGUGCGCGCCGAAGGAAUUUCUUGCGAGGCUGACCCGCAACCUGACGGUUGGCCUAAUUUCUGCAUUUCUUGGCGACUGCGCCGUAUUCACUCUGUUUCUCCUGCAAAUUCGCAAGCCCAUCGUGAAGCAGGAGUGGACUGAGAGGACAUUCUUCUUCUGGACGAUCUGGCUGCUGUACUCGUCCGUGUGCAUGUUGUUUGUCAUGAUCUUCUUGGCGAACGUGCGACUGGAGGAUGCCAUCAGCUGGUUACAGAGCACUGGGGUAAGCUUGCUGCAGGACUUGGCCAUACUGCCUUUCACCACUGCCGUGGCCAUGGGCACGAUGGCGUCGCUAGCCCUCUGCAGCCAACGUGUGAAGAACAAGAUCGAACGCAGGUGGCUGGAAGGCAAAAACGAGCCACUGCAGGAGUUUUUACCGGAGCCCAUGCCGGAGCCCGCCGAAGUCACCGUGGAAGUCCACACUGCAGGCCCGAAGUCUGGCAACCAGGCUGAGGAGGUCACGUCUUGGCAACUUCAUGCAGUGCUGCCUGGGGUGCCGGAUAGUGAGGUCGGGUUUCCAAGAAGACGCAGAUCAAGAGCUGAUGCAUGA